AUGACGUCUCCCCUAUCAUCAUCUGCUAGCGCCGCGCUCAACUCGUCCACGAGCAAGAAGCGUCGAAGCGAGGAGUACGAAGUAGAGGCAUUCACCACCAUGUCAUCGAGGGAUAUCCACAACAGCGACGAGAGCGACAGUUCGUCGCCCUUUGUUUCCUAUGUUAACAACAACAACAACAACAACACCACAACCACCGCCAACAACAACAAUAACAACAACAACAACAACGAGGAGGAGGAGUCCGCUCCUGCUUCUUUUGCUGCUGCCGCACCCACGAUGACGAGCAACGGUAACGGCAACGACCACCCCGAGAGGACGAACGGCGCGGCGACGGCACGGAAGAUGGGUCUCGACCAAGCCGUCAGAGAGAAUCACGGCCUCAGACAUGCCAUCGAGAUCUUCGAGGACGAAGACAGCAUCAUGGAGAGGCAUCAGCACACAGUGGAGAAGCAGCAUCAGCAGCAAGGACGCCAAGACAUGGACGGACAGGAGGAGGAGGAGGAGCGAGGUGGACCGGACGACACAAUGGUCAGCACCUUCAGCACCUUCUCCGCCGUGCCGGACAUGACGAUGCUGGCCAAGCUCAGCUCCCCCGUCAAGGAGGGCGAGGAUUUCCGACGCAGCAGCAGCCGGACCAAGGGCGGCGGGUCGACGAGGGAGUCGGCGGGCAACCUGCUGGAUUUUACCGAGCAGCUGCGCAACUCGAGCCCGAUGCGAUCGCCAGCCAAGGGCAGCGCCACACCUAGCGGCGGUGCAGCCGGCAGCAGACGCGUGAGCAAUCUCAUCGACUUUGACAUCCCACCCAUGCCGACGCCGCGCAGCGUCCCCACCAUCUCGGCCCGGGAGCUCGAGUCGCUCAAGUCUAGCUUCCUGUCCGAGAUCAGCUCGCUGAGGGCCAGCCUGAGCGGCAAGGAGGCCGAGGUGACGUCGCUCAAGGAGGCUGUCGGCGACGCGGAGAAGCGCGUGAGCGCGUCGCUCCAGCUGCUGCGCGAGGAGCAGCUGGCACGGGAGGGCCUCGAGGCCUCGCGGCGGGACUGGGAGGCGCGCGGACGCGAGAUGGAGGCCCUCCUGGGCAAGGCGCGCGAGGAGAUCGUCACGGGAGAGGUCGAGAGGGAGAGGCUGGAGAUGAAGCUGGACGAGAGUGUGAAGAGGCGCGAGGCGGCUGAGAUGCUCCACCAGGAGGCCGAGAGUAAGAUGGCCGGCAUGAGGGCGGGUAGGGAUUCCGCUUCAGCCUCGGCCUCGCAUCAGCAUCAGCACCACCAGCAGAAGGCGCUGCCCAACCCGGAGGCCACGAACCGCGAGGUCGAGGUCGCCGUCGAGCGGGUGGCCCGCGAGCUGCAUGGCCUGUACAAGAGCAAGCACGAGACAAAGGUCACGGCGCUCAAGAAGUCGUACGAGUCGCGCUGGCAGAAGAAGGUCAACGAGCUGGAGGCGCGCAUCGAGAACCUCACGGUCGAGAACGAGAGGAUACGCGCCGACCUCUCGGCCGCUUCCGAGAAAUCGACCUCGGCCCCGUCCAUGGCAAACAGCGGCUCCGCCGCCUCGGAUGAGAAGAUCAGGGCCCAGGCUGUCCGGGACAGCGCCUCGGUCAAGGAGCUCACGGCCGACGUGCAGCGCCUCGAGGCCAUACUGUGCACCGUCCAGCGCGACAACGACCAUCUCCGCUCCAUGCUGGAGACGGAGCGCGUAGAGAAGGGCGAGCUGGUCCAGCUGGCAGAGGAGAUGAUGAGUAUGCAACAGCAGCAGGUUGUCGAGCAGCAGCAGCAGCAGCAGCAGCAGCAGCAGCAGCCACCUACACCUCAACGUCAGCGUCAGCAGCAGCACCAGCAGUACCAGCACCAGCACCCCGAUGCGCCGGCCGCCAAGACGCCCAAGCGUAGUCACACUGCUACGGCUGGGGCGAACCGCGCUUCCGGCCUGCGUGCUCCCGGGUCGGCGAUCCGUCCACCCAUGGGGUCCAGGACACCUGGAGGCGGCCUUCCUAGACCGGGAGUUGCUCGGAGUGGAAUCAUGAGUUCUAUUGAGAAGAUGGGGAAUUACAGGGGGAGGGGUGGGGACUGA